CCCGCAUUCCCCAGCUUAUAUCCCCGGACCAAGCAAGCUUAUUGCGGAGCAGCGUCUUGAUUCACUUCCCAGACAACAUGGCAUCCACAAACAAAGACGUCCGGCGAGGGCUGGAAGACACCGCCGUCGCCGGCAACAAGGAGGGCCCGUGGUGGCGCGACACCGGGCUGCGCAAGCUGAACCUGCUGCUGUUCUUCCUGAUGUUCAGCGAGUUCACCCAGGGCUACGAUGCCUCGCUGAUCAACAACGUGCAGCAGCUGGACGUCUGGCAGACGGGUGAGUCUCCCGCGCUGGACUUCCACCAUCCCCACGGCAGUCUCCUGGGCGCCAUGAGCGCCAUGUACUGGAUGGGCAACAUCGUCGGCGUCGUCUUCAUCUCGUUCAUCUCGGACCGUCUGGGCCGUCGCUACUGUCUCUUCUUCGGCGCGAUCCUGUGUCUGGCCGGCACAGGCAUGGCCACCGGCGCCUCCAGCAGCGGCCUCUUCCUCGCGGCGCGGCUGCUGCUGGGCAUGGGCGGCGUCGUCGUGGCCGCCGUCGGGCCCGUGUGGAUGGGCGAGUUGGCCUAUCCCGACCACCGCGCCACCGCCACCGCCAUGUCCAACACGACGUACAGCGCGGGCUCCAUCAUCGCCGCCUGGAUCACCUUCGGUUCCUUCCGCAUCGCCAAUGCAUGGGCAUGGCGCAUCCCGACGGUCUUCCAGGCCCUCCCCUCCGUCAUCCAGCUCAUCGGCGCCUUCAUCCUCCCCGAAUCCCCCCGCUGGCUCGUCAGCCGGGGUCAUGACGCCGCCGCCCUGGCCAUCCUCGCCAAGUACCACGGCAACGGCGACGCCAACGACGCCCUCGUGCAGCACGAGUUCCGCGAGAUGAAGGAGACCAUCGAGCUCGAGAUCGCCGCCAACAAGACCUCUUGGAAAGAGCUCUUCAACACCCGCGGCAACCGUUGGCGUUCCUUCAUCAUGAUCUGGUGUGGUAUAUGCAAACAAUGCUCCGGAAAUGGAUUAAUCUCCUACUAUCUAAGCAGCAUGCUCGCCGCAGCCGGCAUCACCCGCGAGAUCGACACCACCCUCAUCACCGCCACCUCGCAGAUGUUCAGCUUCGCCUGCUCGCUGGCCUUUGCCUUCCUCCCCGGCCGCCUCGGCCGUCGCCCCCUGCUCCUCUGGUCAAUGGGUUUGAUCUGGCUCGUCUUCGCGCUCAUCACCAUCUGCACUGGCGUGUUUGUCGAGACGGGCAGUACGAGCGCGAGUUAUGCGACCGUCGCGUUUAUUUAUCUGUAUAAUGCGGUGCAUAAUCUGGGUUGGACGGGGGCGAUGAUGUUAUAUGUGGUCGAGAUCCUCCCUUACUCCCUCCGCGCCAAAGGCAUCGCGCUCUUCUGGCUCGUCACUGGCGCCGCGGGCGCCUUCAACACCUACGUCAAUCCACUCGGCAUCGAUGCGUUUGCUUGGAAGUACUACUUCUUCUACGUCGGGUGGAUUGCCGUGGAGUUUGUCGUUGUUUGGUUCUUUUUCAUCGAGACCAAAGGACCGAGCUUGGAGCAGGUCGCCCUCCUGUUCGACGGCAAGGAUGCCCGGGUUAGUCACGUCAAUCCUGUCGCAGACGAGUUUCUGGAGAAACAGAAGGACGGGGCAGAAGCGAGGGAGAUUGAGCUGGUCAAAUAGUGGAUAAAUCUU